AUGGCAGAGCCGGUCUUCCUUCAGAUCGAUGUGGAGGGCAAACUGAGCAAUGGAGCGGCCUUCUGCAAGCUGGAGCUGCCGAUUCCGCUGCAGGUGCUGCAAACGGAUGAGGCGUUGGAUGCCAAGAGCGUGGACCAAAGGUCCGGUGUGCUACUCUGGGAGGCAGCGCUGGACCUUGGCAGGUUCUUGGCCAGGAUGCCGGCACCUGCGAGCGAAGGUUUGUCAGUCUUGGAGUUGGGCUGCGGCCAUGGGGUGCCGGGCCUCGUGGCCGCCAAAGCCUGGAAGACGGAGGUGACCUUUCACGACAUGAGUAUCGAGACUCUGCGGGAGGUGACAGCUGUCAACUGCGCAGCCAACAGCGUAGGCGAGGCGCAUUUCCUGGCUGGGGAUUGGAAGACCUUACUGCGACAGGUACAAGAGGCCUCUUUGUGCUACGACGUGAUGCUCGCGUCAGAGGCCAUCUACAAGGAGGACUCUUAUGAUGACCUGCUGGCCAUCUUCAGCUUGGCCCAGUGCGCCUACGUCGCCGGCAAGCGCUUCUACUUCGGCUGCGGUGGUGGCACCGCGAGCUUCGCAAGGGUUGCAGAGGCCAAAGGCUUUGAGGUGUCCACGGCUGAGGUCCUGGAGGACGGACGCUCCAACAUCCGCGAGAUAUUGCGGCUGACGCCGAAAUCUCCGCCCGACUCGGGUUCAGCCAAGCGGGCGAAGCGGUGA